AAAGACUUGAAAAGUGGCUAAAGAAUAUGAAACGAGAUUCUUGGGUUCCCAGUAAAUACCAGUUCCUGUGUAGUGACCAUUUUACUCCUGACUCUCUUGACAUCAGAUGGGGGAAAAGACCCUUCUAAAAAAAAAUCCCAGAAGAAAAAAAUGGGAGAUGAGAAAGAAGUGUCCUUAAAAGCCAUGUCUGAAGAAUCAUCUACGUCAGAUGAAAUAAAGAAAAAUACAGUUAACAUAGGUGUACUCCCUGAACACACAGAAUUGCUUGAUUCAUCUGCCAUGGUGAAGCCACCAAGUCCAAAAAUAGAAAGCAUAAAAAAUAACAUAUUAACUCUUAAUCUAGUUAAACAAGAUACCGGAGAAACAGGUUCUAACUUGGAAACAUCAGUUCACCAAGGUUUAGGUAUAGGUGGUUUUCAUACAUCUUUUGAAAAUCUAAAUUCUACAACAAUUACUUUGACAACUUCAAAUUCAGAAAAUAUUCAGCAGUCUUUGGAAACCCAAGAAGUACUUGAAAUAACUACCAGUCAUCUUGCUAAUCCAAACUUUACAAAUAAUUCCAUUGAAAUUAAGUCAACACAGGAAAAUCCAUUCUUAUUCAGUACAGUCGAAGAGUUAAACACAAAUAAAGAAUCUGUUAUUGCCAUUUUUGUACCUACAGAAAAUUCUAAACCUGCAAUUAAUUCUUUUAUACCAACUCAAAAAGAAACCAUGGAAAUGGAAGACAUAGACAUUGAAGAUUCCUUGUAUGAGAAUGUAGACCAUGAUGCAGAAGUUUUACAAACUGAGCAUUCUUACUGCAGACAAGACAUAAAUAAGAAACGUCUUUGGCAAAAAGUCUCUAAGCUGCAUUCAAAGAUUACUCUUCUUGAGCUACAGGAGCAACAAACCCUAGGAAGGUUGAAGUCUUUGGAAGCUCUUAUAAGCCAACUAAAGCAGGAAAACUGGCUAGCUGAAGAAAAUGUCAAGAUUAUAGAAAAUCAUUUCACAACAUAUGAAGUCACUAUGAUAUAGAGUAAAAAAAAGUUUUGAAGCUGUAAUUUUUUAUAAGCAUUUUCUAGCUAAACCAAAUUAUAUGUAAAGUGAACUUUUUCCUGUAAAGUUCUUAUCCUAAGCUAUGAAAGUGCUCUAAUGUUAUGAACUGCAUCCCAUUCUUAUAAUGCCAUUGUAAGAGAAAAUCUAGAAAGUGGGGCUAAAGAAACAGUUUUAUUUCUUGAUAAUUUUCCAAAUUACAGUUAAAAUACAGUGAAUAAAUAAUAUUUAAUCAUAAAAUGAGAGAGUAAGUUAUAGUCAAAGCAUCCCAAAAUAGAUUAGUCCUGGCUCUUCCAGAUGAUUUGAGCAAGCUGCUUACCAAGAUUAAGCUUCAGAGGGCUUGGGAUGUAACUCAGUGGUAGAGCCUUUGCCUAGCUUGCCUCAAGCCCUAGGUUCUAUCCCCAGUACUGGGACAAAUUUUCUAUAAGAUAGUAUGUACUUAAAAAAUAGUAGAAUUGAUAUUAACUGUUGGAUUAUUCUCAAUAUUCUGUUUUGUUCAACUAUUUGUGUAUAGUUAUGUAUCUGUAAUAUAAAGGAAAAUGUAAUAUAAAAAAAUAAUAUACUUAUGUACCUAUAACUAUUAUAAUUUUAUUGCAGUUGAACUCAGCUCUUAGGAGAGGUGCUUUAAACUUGAAAGUAUAUAUUUUAGUACUUUAUACGUAGCUGAACAUCAUAGUACAUAGUCAAGUAAGUUUCUUAACAUCUUGUAUUUAUAGUUAUAUUUAUAAACCAAGAACUUUAAUGAGGUUAAUUUUAAAUAUAUACUAGUAUAUUUUAGAAAUCAUGAUUUAUAUCUAUUUCUUAAUAGGUGUAGUUUUUAAAGUGUGUGCUUAUCUCGUUUUUUAAAUCCAAAAUAAUUGUGUAAUACUUAAUAACUGUUCCCUCUAGCAUAUAUUUUAGUAAAAUUUAUAAGGAAGAAAUUAUAGGUAAGUGCUGAUGACCUUGGGAAGAGAAAGUUCUCUUAGAAAGGAAAAGCAAUGGUGAUAUAAAUAAAAAUACUGUUUAUAUUGAUACUGAAUGUAAGAAAAAUAAACAUAAAAGCAAGACAUUGUAACAACAGAAAUGUGAAAAAUAAAUAAGUUCCUUGAAAAUUGGCAAUUAAUAUAAUGGAAUGUUACUGCCUGUGGAACUAAGUUAGUUCCAAUCAGCCUGAUUCUUAGUUUUCUUAUCUGUUAAAUAAAAAAUAUGUUUAUCUAUCUUAAUGGACAGGUUUGAGAAUUCUGUAAGGUAAUAAACAUGUUUUGGGACCUGAAAAAUAGGAGGUGCUCAAUAAAUAUUAGUUGACUCUGAAGCAUAGGUAAUACACUAAUUGUUUUGUAAAUUCAUGUUGAUUUUGAAAUGUUUCACUUAGUUUAUUCAGAAUAAUAAAAUUGACUGGUAUUGUUUGACCAUGUGUCCACUAAUGAUAAAAAUACUAGAGGCAUUUUUAUCUCCUCAUGGGUGGAGGAGAAAAAAUGAAGUAUUCCUAUGUUGCAUUUUUCUAAUACUUAAUUUAAAAUAAGUAAUGCAAAUGAAAAUAACUUUAAUUAGCAGUGUACCUCAUACUAAUUUUCUAUUUGUUCGUUGUUACAGAUUCUUUAAAAAUAAUGUGUGUAUUUAACUGUAUUUCUUUGAACUUAAUAAAUUACCGUAUAAGAUAUUU